AUGCAGGAAGCCCCCACCGCAGAAGAGCCUCGAGUUGAGGAAGGCUCUGGGAGCGGGGGGGUCGACAGGCGCACGGUCGCCGUUUCUCAGCCUGUUUCAACGGCUGGGUUUCACUCUGCUCAGUUUCGUCAGACGGAGCCUCAGACUGCGACUCCCCAUGCGCUCUGUCCGUCCUCUUGUCUCUCUUCUCUGCGUGCACCCUCGCACUCUCCCGCUCCGCAUGGCGCGCCUCGCGGGUCACCAGACCCCCCGCGUCUCCUCUCGCCAGUUGGCACCGCCUGGGCGCCUGCAGGAGCCCCCGGAGAUCGUUCGAGCUUCUUCCCGCUCCCAGGAAAGCAUGCGGGGCCGACGUCGUCCACACCUGGCUUUGCUUCUCCCUUCCCCUCUCCCGCCGGCGCUUCGUCCUCGCCUCCUUCUCCCUCGCCGUCCACCGCCUCCUCGGCGAGCAACGGCCUCACGAUCUUACCUCUAUGGCGAAAGGCGCCCCAGAUGCGAGAAACGGCCUCCGGAAACCGGUCCUUUCUUUCAGACGGAUGCGGACAAGACCCGCAUGGACCGUCUGGGCUCCAAAAACCAGACGCAGUGACCCAUCCUGGCGCCACAUAUCCGUCUCCUUCUGUUCGGCCUACAUGCCCUCUUGACUCCUCCAUCUCGUCUUCCUCGCCUCAUCGUCUUUCUUCUCUCUCUUCUCCUCUCCCCUCUUCGUCUUCUCCUCUCCCCUCUUCCACUGAAUCUCCCCCUCCUUCUUCGGUGCCUACAGUUCCUGCGUGUUUCUCGCCGUCCGGUGUCACUUCUGUCCCGACUGCGACCUCCUCCUUCGUUUCGUUUUCCGCGCAUGCACAGACGUCUCCGCUUCGCUCCCGCGAGCCAGAGCCUUUGCGAGGGGCUGCCUCGGCGAUUGCUGCGACCGCGGACAGGCCUCCGUCGGCUCCUUCAGGAACUGGCGGCGAGUCUCCAGAGACGCGCACAAACAUGGCAACUCCCGCUGUUGCCGCUGGUUUUCCUGCUUCGUUGGCUUCGCCUGCUGGCGGGCCUGCGGGUGCAUGCGGCUCCUCUGUGCAAGCCGAGGAGCGCUCUGGACCAGAUCGCUCUCCGAGAGUUCCGGAGACUUGUCCGAAUCCCGCCAAAACGCCAGCAGGCUCUACACCUCGCGACGGCGCCGCUGCGCCCACAGAAAACGAAACCGUGAACAGCGACCUUCCGAAGCCAGUCGGGGGCGCCGCCUCUGGGCCUCCUGUCUCCACUCAUGAUGGGACACCAUCGCCGCUCCGAGACGAGGGCGAGGAGGCGCGGAACAAGGACGCUUCCCAGGCUCCAGCUCCCGCUUCUUCGAGUUCUCGUCCCCUAACUGGAGAACCAUGUGGAACGUCCGUGGCAGCUAGCGGCGCAUGCAGAUCGCCUGCAGGCAGACAGAGGGAGGGACUUCCCGGAGACUGCGCCGACUCUCCCAGCGUGUUCCGGGCGCCUUUAAAGGCAAGUCCCGCGCUCUCUCGGGGUUCUCCUGGGGCGAGGCGGCCGCAGCCUGGAGGGGAUGUGGGGAAGCGACCAUCGUUUUCCUCGCCUUCUUCUUCUGGGAGUUCGCAUGCGCUUUCUCGUUCCCCUUCGGCCUCGUCGUUUGUUGUCGGUGGAGAGGACGGGGCGACGGUGCUUCUGGAUCAGCAGGAGCGCGUUUCGGCGCUUCUCCGGAGACGCCACGAGACCUCGGCUGCCUGUCUCCGUCUCCUCAGAGACGAAGUGGAGAGCGAAACAAGGCGACUGCGUCAACUCGAGACCCGCGUCCGGUGGCGCAUGCAACGGCUCGUGGAAAGGCCACAGAGGCCAGGAGCAGCCGCUGGGCAGAACGCCGCCCCUGUCUCCUUACGUUUGCAAGAGGGGGGUGGUGAGAAGGGCAACACCCCAGACGGCGCCUCUUCUUCGUCUCGCGUUCUGCAUGCAGAGAAGGAGAGCGGGUGCCGGGCCGUCGUCGACGACGCUUCCGCCCUCGCGGUUCAUGGUUCUUCCGGUGGCGAGAGGCCAGCGGGGGGACCGGCUGCGAACGAACGGGACAAGGCAGGAGGAGGAGCUGUGUUCAAGACGAAGAGAGAGUCUAAGAGAGACGAAGAAGAAGCGGAGCGGGGGACCGCGGGCUGCAACGAGCUGAGGAAGGCAGCAGAGAGCGCCGAGAAGACGGGAGAAGAGGAUGGAGAGGAUGUCGAAGAAGAGGAGCUUCUUGCCCUCUCUUUUCACGCAUUUUUAGAGACGCGGACUCGCCAGACGAGCGUGCUUCGCGCCGCAGGCGAAGGACGGUGGCACAUGGUUCCUGUGAAGAGGGAGAAACGAGGAGGCAGAGAAACCGGCUUCGGAGAGACGCAGAAGAAACGCGUCCGAGGACUCUGCACUGCGCUCGCAGAUGCAGAGACGGCGACGGUCUCCGCAGACUGCUGGCCCGAGACUGAGGGAAGGGUGGGAAGUCCCCAGAGGCAGGGAGAAACGAAAAUCCCAGUUUGCGAGCGAGGAGGCCAGCGCGUUGAUUGCCUGAAAGAGACAGGAGAGACUCCUGGAAGAGCCAUCAGACGAGACACGAAGGCGACUGACGCGGUGCCGGAGGGACAAGGGGACAGAUCUGAGAGCAGCAGAUCUGGCGAGAGAGAAGAUGAUGUGAACAGCAAUGGACGCGCAGCGGGUGCGGCUCCCUACGUUCCCGACUGUUCUCUUGAAAACCUUGACGAAGUUCAGCUGCAGCUCCUGUGGCUGAACGGGGGAAGACAGGACACGGGGAACGCCGCGAGAAAAGGCGCGAGCAAACAGACGCAUGCACCGGUCUCCGCGCCGAGUCUGCACAAACAGGGAAACCCCGAUGCAUGCGACAGCUCGAAACUCUGUCCUCUUCCAAGUGAAAAAAGUCCAAGUUCACCAUCCGGUUCGUCCCCAGAUGCGCCUGCCUCCUAUCUCGAUCGCCUCGGAGUUGCUGUCGCCACUGCUGUGUGGCAAGACUUCCCUUGGAACUUCACCUUUCCUUCUUUCUCUUCUUCUGCUUCUUUCUCACCGUCGUCUUGCUGCUCGACGUCUUCUCUUUCCUGUACUUCUUCCUGUUCCGCCUCUUCUGCGUCCUCUUCGACUUCUUCAUAUUCUUCUUCUUCACCUUCAUCGUCUGCAUCUUUGGCUUCUCCGUUGCAAGGUCUGAGACGCGACCCGAGAAGAGUUCCACCUUCUUCUGGGGGGCGGUUGUUCCGGUGGGAGCGCUACGUGGAGAGUGGCUGUGGGGACUCCGAGGACGAGGAGAGCGUGAAGGUCCUUCAAGCGUUGCUGAAGGACCAAGAAAGCCAUUCUUCUCGCGCGGCAGCAGCCCAGGAGACUCGCGCGCGCCAGUACAGACACGCGCUGAGGGAGUACCACGCACAGUGCUACAAAAUGCGUCUGCAGCAGCUUGUGGAAACGAAACCUGUCGAGGCCGCAGCUCUUUCCCCGUCAUGGAUGCUGGGGGCCUCCGCCUCGCCCUCGCCUGUCGCCGCCGGAGUUCGUCCUUCUCCUUUCCCCGCUUCGCCUCUGGACAGCCGUCUCUCUCUGCCGGCCUUCAACUCGGCACAGAUGUCGGCCUGCGGCGCCCAGAGGCCGUCCCCAGCUCCACAGGGCCGCGCUGGCGAAGAAGAGAUUCUGCAUGCGCGCCUGCCGAUGCAAACGCUGCAGACUGCGGUGGGGGCUUCGCUGCCGGGCGCCCCCUUUUUCCCUCAAGGGUCGCCGAGCCUCGUGCUCGGGCCUGUGGGCGUUCAUAGCGCUGGGGACCUGCGUGCGCCGUUUUCCUCACCGUUUCUCUCCCCUUUCGCAGCCUCGUCGAGCGUCUGCUUGCACCCUGGAGCAGAUCCCGAGGGGUCCCUGUCUCCAGGCAGGCAGAAGCGCAGGCGGGAGGUGAGCGGCGGCGAUCCGUCGCUGGUCCAGGGCGCAGGAGUCGAGGUCGAGCAAGGUGCGUGGCAGGAGACAGGCGAAGGCCUCACGGGACAGACAGGAGAGAAGCAGAAAGCGAGCAAGUCUGCGGCGCGACAGACACCGCAGCCGCGUCGGAAACAGAAGAUUCAGAAAGUGGAUCUGAAACGCAGACAGGUGAAAGAAGAGAGCGGCCAAUGA